UUUCCUUCAAUUGCAACCCGGAAGUACACUAGUGCUCAGCUUUUUGUUUGCGAUGUUAUUUUUCUUUUGACAAAACAGCGGAGAUGGGGGCUUUUGGACAUCUUGCCCAAAUUUUUUGACAGCAGUAAUGGCCAGUAUCUUCUAUUUCUGACCAAGUCGUCACGUGUCCAUGUCAUCGUGAUCAUACAACUCUGAAUCCAUGCUUUCUGAUGAGCUUGACUCCAAACCUGAGCUGCUGGUUGAGUUUGUGCAGAACGCCUCCAUACCCUUGGGCCAGGGUCUGGAGGAACAAGACCCCAAAACACAGUGUUUACCUCUCCUUGCCUCUUCAGAGAACUCCAUAUGCAGCCAGCUAGACCUUCCAGAGAGUGCUCUUAGCCAUGCUGCAUCCCCAUCACUGUCAGAGUUUGCUCCAGAGCGCAGCCCCCUGGUAGUGCAGCUCCAGCCUCAUUCCCCAACACAAACUCCACCUGCAAUCCUCCAAGACCUCCACCAACCAGACAGCACCUCAUAUGUCCUCCUCAACCUUGCCAAAGGGCUGGCGCCCUCAGCAGAACCCCUGGUGUUCGUACAGGAUGAUGUGGAUGAGGCAGAGGAGGAGAUCUCAGCAGGGGAGUGUGCAGACGGAAGUGCCCCAUGGUACCUGCGGGUGCAGGAGCUGGCCCAUGAUAGCCUGAUAGCUGCCACGCGGGCCCAGCUGGCUAAGGACGCCAGGGCUAGUAGCAACAGUGACCAUAUCCAUAGCUACCAGUCAGAGGGUCCAAAAAAGGAGGCACUGUCACGAAACAGUCGUGCAUCAGCAGAGAAGAUUCUGAGGUGUCCUUAUGAGAACUGUCAUAGGACAUUUACCUGGCCUGCUCAUCUAAAAUACCACCUAAAAACACACAGGAACGACCGUACAUUCCGUUGUGGAGCUGAAGGCUGUGGGAAGAGCUUUUAUGUUCUACAGAGACUGCAGGUGCACAUGAGGACACAUAAUGGGGAAAAGCCCUUUAUCUGUAAUGAGAAGAACUGUGGCAAGAAGUUUACCACUGCUGGUAACCUGAAGAACCAUAAACGCAUCCAUACUGGUGAGAAGCCCUUUCUUUGUGAAGUAGACAGCUGUGGACGAUCUUUUGCAGAGUACUCUAGUCUUCGCAAACACAUGCUCGUGCACUCUGGGGAGAAGCCUCAUCAGUGCUCUAUAUGUGGGAAGACCUUUUCUCAGAGUGGUAGCAGGAAUGUUCACAUGAGGAAACGACAUGGAGAGGAUGUUCUCAGCUCUGAUAGCAGGGAAACGGGAGAGGCACUGACUCACAGCAGUUUGCUGGAGGCUGAUGGUGCUACCAGUGACUCCAUGGUAACUAUGACAACAGUUGUGGAGCCUGUUAGUCUUCAUCAUGCAAUGCUGAGGGGACAAGGUCCUGCAGACCCAGUAGUGGUACUCUCUCCACCUCAUGACUUGGUCACCAUGACAACUGGAAGUCAUGCUUAUGGGGAGGAUGUUGUGGCAUUGCUAUAGUAGUCUUUGUAAAUAAA